GACGGUUCGAGCCGCUUGUCGCACCCUCAGGGCCGGCCCGAACCGGGAGGACUCCCAGCCUGCGGAACGGUGCUUCCCGCAGCCCGGGCCGGGGAGGACGGUCCAGUUGUCCACUCAUGAGACUUAAGUCCAGCCGGGUGUGACAGAUCCUUGUUGAAAUGUUGGGGUGUGUGCGCCUCGAGGAAUGUGCUCAGCCAUGUGGUUCAACUGCUUACAAAAUCUAAAAGCCACCAGCAUGCAUCUAUGCUUCACAUUGGGCCUGCGAUCAAUGAACAAAAGGUUUUCUGGGACUAUGUCAACAUCCACAUGGCACAGGCGGGUUGUCAUCACAGGCAUUGGCCUAGUGACCCCUCUUGGUGUUGGCACUCAACUGGUAUGGGAGCGACUUCUCCGAGGAGAAAGUGGAAUCGUUUCUCUGGUUGGUGACGAAUACAAGAAUAUCCCCUGCAGUGUCGCUGCGUAUGUGCCAAGGGGUUCUGACGAAGGUCAGUUCAAUGAGCAGAACUUUGUGUCCAAAGCAGACACCAAGUCCAUGUCUUCUCCCACCAUCAUGGCCAUUGGGGCAGCAGAGUUAGCGCUGGAUGAUUCUGGCUGGCAUCCUCAGUCAGAGGCUGAUCAGGUGGCUACUGGAGUUGCCAUUGGCAUGGGCAUGGUUCCCCUUGAAGUUGUCUCCGAAACUGCUGUGAUGUUUCAGACCAAAGGUUAUAAUAAAGUCAGCCCUUUCUUUGUUCCUAAGAUUCUGAUCAAUAUGGCUGCGGGCCAGGUCAGCAUCCGACAUAAACUCAAGGGCCCUAAUCAUGCGGUGUCCACAGCCUGUACAACAGGAGCUCAUGCUGUGGGAGAUUCUUUUAGAUUGAUAGCCCAUGGUGAUGCUGAUGUGAUGGUGGCUGGAGGUACGGAUUCUUGUAUUAGUCCAUUGUCCCUUGCUGGGUUUUCCAGGGCCCGGGCUCUAAGCACAAACCCAGACCCUAAGGUGGCCUGUCGACCAUUUCAUCCAGAGAGAGAUGGUUUUGUCAUGGGAGAGGGAGCCGCUGUACUUGUGCUGGAAGAGUACGAACAUGCUGUUCGCAGAGGAGCCCGCAUCUAUGCUGAAGUUUUGGGCUAUGGACUCUCAGGUGAUGCUGGUCAUAUAACUGCCCCUGAUCCCGAAGGAGAAGGUGCCUUAAGAUGCAUGACUGCUGCUGUAAAAGAUGCAGGGGUACGGCCUGGAGAGAUUUCCUACAUCAAUGCACAUGCCACUUCCACGCCACUGGGCGAUGCUGCUGAGAACAAAGCCAUCAAGCGUCUCUUGGGAGACCAUGCACGUGCCCUUGCUGUUUCCUCCACAAAAGGAGCCACUGGCCACCUGCUGGGUGCUGCAGGGGCAGUUGAAGCAGCUUUUACCGCACUGGCCUGUUACCAUCAGAAACUACCUCCGACUUUAAAUCUGGACUGUACAGAGCCAGAAUUUGAUCUCAAUUAUGUUCCUCUGGAGGCACAGGAGUGGAAAACUGAACAGCGACGUGUUGGGCUCACCAACUCCUUUGGUUUUGGUGGUACUAAUGCAACACUCUGUAUCGCUGGCAUGUAGAACAAAUCAUUUGUAGUUAAACAUUAACUUUUUAUAUGUUACAAAUGUAAAAGUAAUAAAUAUAUGUAUUUAUUUUA